AUAGCUAAAGAGACCCGGCGAAUACCAGGUUGUCAUGGAGUCGUGGGGCCCGGCUCGCGCAUGCGCCAGCUGACCCGCCGGGCUGGUGGCGGAGCGGCGACCCUGGCCCUAGAGCAAUCCACAUGCAAAGACUGUCUGUGACCCAGCUUCCAGCCCGCUAACAUGGAGAGGAAAAUGCCAUCCAGAGAGAGCCCUCGAAGACUCUCUGCCAAGCCCGGCCGAGGCACAGAGAAUAAAAGAGUCGCUCGGCCGCUCGGUGUGGUGGCUGCCGACUCAGACAAGGACUCCGGCUUUUCAGAUGGGAGCUCAGAAUGCUUGAGCUCUGCAGAGCAGAUGGAGUCAGAGGACGUGCUGAGUGCCUUGGGCUGGAGCCGAGAGGACAGGCCGAGGCCAAGCUCCAAAGCUGCAAACAGUGCCUUCCCUGCACUGUCCCCUAUGGUGGUCAUGAAGAAUGUGCUGGUCAAGCAGGGCGGCAGCAGUUCUUCCCAGCUGCAGUCCUGGACUGUCCGGCCCUCCUUUGAGCUGAUCUCAGCACAGCCCCAGCUCUUUGUCCUUCAUCCUCCGGUGCCGUCUCCUGUGAGCCCGUGCCAGACUGGGGAGAAAAAGUCAGACUCUAGAAACUACUUGCCCAUUCUAAACUCUUACACCAAAAUAGCCCCCCACCCAGGCAAAAGGAGCCUUUCCCUCAGCUCAGAAGAAAGAGGAGCCGGUGGGCUACCGAAGAAAAUCUGCACCCAGAGACUGGGGCCAGGCCUGUCUUCCAGCGAGCCAGCCAAGACUGGCCCCGUGCUUUCCGGUCCUUCCACCCCAGCCCCACCCAGCUCCAAACUCACCGAGGACUCGGCUCUGCAAGGAGUGCCCUCCCUGGGGGCUGGCGGGAGUCCGCAGACCCUUCAGCCCGUGUCCAGCAGUCAUGUGGCUAAAGCUCCCAGUCUGACCUUUGCCUCGCCUGCCAGUCCUGUGUGUGCGUCAGACAGCACUCUGCAUGGCUUGGAGAGCAGCUCCCCUCUCUCGCCCCUGUCAGCCAGUUACAGUUCACCGCUGUGGGCCGCCGAGCGCCUCUGCCACAGCCCAGACGUCUGUGCCGAGCAGAGGCAGAGCAAGCACAGGCGCUUCCAGAACACCUUAGUGGUCCUCCACAAGUCCGGCUUGCUGGAAAUCACUUUGAAAACCAAGGAGCUGAUUCGUCAAAACCAAGCAACCCAGGUGGAACUCGACCAGCUGAAGGAGCAAACCCGGAUGUUUAUAGAGGCCACCAAGAGCAGGGCACCUCAGGCGUGGGCCAAGUUGCAGGCAUCACUAACGUCUGGGUCCAGUCAUUCAGGCAGUGACCUAGAUGCAUUGUCUGAUCACCCAGACAUAUAGCACAGAGGCGUUUCUCAGUUAUUUGAGUGGUUCUUUUAACUCUUUUGCUAUUACUACCUACACUUGGUUUCCACAGCCUGUUUAAGAGCUUUUCUUUCUAAACUCACUCACAAAGCCACGUGCCAGCCCCUGGCUGCCGUCUUAAUCUGUGGUUUAUGCACAGGUUAAGUGCGUUUAUGUUCCUCUGAGGACCUCCAGUUGGAGUAUCUGUGAGUCCCUUUUCCUUAGCCUGCAGGAAAGAUGACUGUGUGGGUCUCUUCCAGCUUCCCACUCACUAUCCAUGAUCCAAGGUACAGUGCUAUGGAUGAGUGUACACUUGUCAAACCAAGGAGUAGGUGACCUAAAGAUCCUUCUUGGCCCUCCCUCAAGUAUCUUAGUCACAGAGAAAAAUAAGAGACUGUGUUUGUCUUCUACCGGGCAUCAUGCCAGUUGGGCGAAACCUAAAAUGCUUUGGGCACAGGUUGUGCCUGGGUGCAAGCAUUUCAUCACGUCAGGCUUGUGUCUUACACUUGAAAGUUAAAGGAGAAAGGGCAGAGCCAUCUGACUCACACUGAUUACACACUAGAUCUCACACAAGUGGGCAAAUACUUCAGAUUUUUAAAAUACAGACUUGGGUUUAGUACCAUCUGGAAUUGUAGCUGAUGAAUUGCUUUUUUGAUUAAAGGGUCAGAGAAGCCAACAUUUUUUGUCACUAGCUGGAAAGUUUUGUUAAUUCGUGCUUGAAAUAGCACAACCUGUCUUAUAUCUAAAAAGCCUGAGACAGGACUGCAAGAUGGCUCAGUGAGUACGUGCUUGCUGCCAAGCCAGAUGACCUGAAUUCGAUCCCUGAACCCACACAGUGGAAGGAGAGAACAGACACUGCAGUUUGUCCAUCCUGUGCACACACAUGCACACACACACACACAC